UUUUACCCAGAAUGAAGAGGAAGGAGUUUGGUUCUGUGGUAUAUUGUCUGCGGAAAUUUCUGGACAGAAUCACUACAAAACCAUUAAUGGUAAAGGUAGGGACGAUUAAAAUAUAAAACACAAGCUUGUUAUUUUUUUAAGUUGCUCACUUAAAAAUUUUGUCUGCAUUUUUUGUGAUACUUCUACGCAGUUUUUCCGAAGAGGACCGUGUUCUUUAUCCUUAAGGUAAAUGUAACAUGUUUUCCCGACUGCAAAUGUUACUUGAAAAUCCCAAUGGUUAGUCUAAGGUCUUAAGCAUCAGUCCGGGAAUCCACUGGGAAAUGUUUGUGGUGAAGCGCACAGAUUUUCAGCAGCAUUAUCAGUCUGAGGGCUUUUGCAUGUAUGCCGUGAGUUACAGUAGAUGCAAAGCCGCUGCUCCAGUAUCCAGAUGCGCUUUUUAUUUGUAAGAACCAUGCAGGACUACACUUCGUAGACAGCUGUCACGUACCACUAAGGCUGCACAAUUAAUGGAAUUUUAAUCACGAUCACGAUUUUGGCUGCCACAAUUAAGUUAAAUUAAGAUGAUCGUCGGUGAUAUUAACAUUUCUCUCCUCUGUUGCAUGUCAAAUCGAGCCCUUUCUCAACCAAAAGUCAGCCAACUACCAGGGGCGAACGAAAGCAUAGACUGUAUGAACGGCAACCUCAAAUUGUGACGGAGUGAGACGUAAUGUCGGAAGCAGAAUGUCAUAUGUUUGUGUGCUUAUUAAUUUAAGUAUUUCCAAAUAUUAAUUUUAAUCCCACGACAGUGAUAAAAAAAGCCUUGCUUUAACAUAAAUACUAAAAGAAUAGAUAGCUAUUACAGUUGGAUAUGGGCACACGGUCUUAUUUAAAAAAGGUACGAGAAGAGACGCAUAUAAUGUUUAUUCAUUCGUUUUACAUUUGUCCGAGUAAAAAAGCAAAGGAAUGAUACGCCGAUUCAGUCGAAAACUGCAGUUUAAAUAAAAUGCCGGGCUGGCAACUUUGGUCAGCUGAAUGGAGUGAGAUUUUAUGUUCUCUGUUCUGCACAUACAUUUACAUGUAUGUAAGUUUAAUUAUCUUGUAAAUAGUCCGUAGGGUUUGCAGACUGCCGUAACGUUUUUGAUGCUGCUAAUUUUAAGUUCAGAAUGGAACAUAGAUUUUCUGUAAGAUUUCUUGAGUCUGAAAGUCUGAAAAAGUUUGCAACAUUGAACACGUAAAAAAUAACAGUAUACAGUUGUUAAAAAGCAGAAACUUCUACCUGAAGUGACAUGAAAUUACCAAUAAACGACUUCUAUUUAUUCAGCAUUUUAUAAAAUGCAUACUAAAAAUUUCCAGCUUUACGGACAGAACAGCCACUCUGUUAUGAACAUUACGGCUUUUCGAGUGUUGUUAGCUGCUGUUGUUAAUAGGGGCUAAUCACCGUUACCUGCAAGAUUCGAAGAUUUUUCUUUUUCCUUUGCAAAUGUUUUCAUCCAUCCAUCCAUUUUCCAAACCGCUUAUCCUUACUGGGUCGCGGGGGGUCCGGAGCUUAUCCGAGGCAGGGAACAACCCAGGAUGGGGGGCCAGCCCAUCGCAGGGCACACUCACACACCAUUCGCUCACACAUGCACACCUAUGGGCAAUUCAGCAAGUCCAAUUAGCCUCAGCAUGUUUUUGGACUGUAGAGGGAAACCGGAGUACCCAGAGGAAACCCCACGACGACAUGAGGAGAACAUGCAAACUCCAAACACAUGUGAAUCACAGUGUAUAUUCACAGCAGCUCACAGAGACGAUCACAAACAAAACAACGUACAAGGAAGAAGAGCUCGGAGAACAGCGUAGUGAGGGACUGAGCAUGUUACACUUGACGCCCUGGCCUGCGAAGUGAGGAAUCAUGGCCUUGUGUGUUAAAAAUGAAUCUGAUCUGGGCUGCACCCAUACAGGGGAUGUUGCUGCUAUGCAGAAUCCCGGGACUGAGAAGAUGGGAUUGGGAGUUUGCCUGGAGUAUCAUCAAACACAGAAAGGGACCGGUCCAGAUUCAGUUUGUUCAUCACAGUACAAUGACUCUCAGUACACUAAUGGGGGUGAAAUUACAGUCGACCAAAUAAAGUCUGAAUCAAGUGGAGAUAUAGUCGUUUCCAGUGGAUUUAUAGAGGAGAAAUCAGACACGCUACUAGAAUGGGAUUGUAAAGAGAGAUCAAACGGAGCUCAUCAAGAGGAGCAGCCCAUUCCUUCAUCUCGGAGAAAAGACAUUCAUACUGAUUGGUUAGGCUCUUUGCAGUUUGUAACAAGUUCCACUAAUGCAUUUGAUAAGAAACAGCACCAGCAUCUUUACUUGAAUGGAAUUGAUUUGAGCAAUAGAGGACUUUUGACAAGGACAGACAGUAACCCUUAUUCAGGUGAACAAACACAUGGUUGCAAUGAAUGUGGAAAGAUAUUUCCCAAUGUAGCUGCCUUAACAAGACAUAUGAAAAUGCAUUCACCUGAAAAAAAAUAUAUUUGUGAACAGUGUGGAAAAGGUUUCACCCGUUCAGAGUGUUUGAAGAAACACCAGAGAGUUCACACGGGUGAAAAGCCCCAUGUAUGUUCGGAAUGCGGACAGAGGUUUACUGCAUCAGAUUCUUUAAAAGUGCACAUGAGGUUUCAUUCUGGUGAAAAACCAUAUCAGUGCACCGAAUGUGGAAUGAGGUUUUUUACCCGAGCAACCUACAAGAACCACAUUUUAAACCAUUCUGGAGAAAGACCAAAUGUCUGUGGUCAUUGCGGAAAGAGUUUUAAGGAUGCAAUCUAUUUACGAAGACAUUGUGAAAUUCAUUUAACUGAAAAACCGUACAGUUGCACUGAAUGUGGAAAGGGUUUUACUUGUUUAUUUCGCUUAACUAGACACAAGAGAGUUCACUCUGGGGAAAAACCGUACAGCUGUACUGAAUGUGGAAAGAGUUUUACUCAGGCAGCACACUUAAACAUACACAUGAGAAUUCAUUCUGGUGAGAAGCCAUAUAGUUGCACGCUGUGUGAGAAAAGUUUUGCACAAGGAAGCGGAUUAACAGUACAUAUGAGAACACAUUCAGGAGAAAAAUCAAGCAUUUGUGACCAUUGUGGGAAACAUUUUAAGUGUAUCUAUUACUUAAAAAAACACCUGAAAAUUCAUUCUGGUGAAAAAUCACAAGACAGAUUAACUGUUGAGACUAAAUCUGAUUCGGAUUGUGCCAACACAGCAUGUACAACCAUCAUACAGAAUGCUGAUACUGAUGAAGUCUAUCCGAAUGCAAGACAAAUCAAAUUUGAGCAUAUUGAUCCAGAUUAUAUUCUGGUGGCAGAAGACCCCAAUACACAGUGUGUCGAUAGUGAGAAAUUUACCAAAUCCAAACCUGAGUCAAGAGGACGUCUAGCAAUUUUCAAGCACACAGAAAAUUCAAAUGCAAUGCAGGAUCUCCGUAUUGUCAAAUUGGGACUAGAAGAAUGUCUGGCAUCUGAGCAAAUUAAAACUGAAUUGAUUGAUCCAGGCUAUGAUCAGUUGAGACAUAAUGUUGAGUCAAAGUUUGCUGAUUGUGACAGAACAGGUGUGAAGUGUGAAGUUAAUGAUGGCUUAACAGAUUUAAUUGAUUUUGCAACUACUUCUGAGACUGAGGUGUGUAAUGAGGAUGAAGAAGAGACAUUUGAAAGGGAUUCAUUAACUCCAGAUACCAAGCAGUUGUCAUUUUCCAGAAAUGAUCACAACAAUCAAGAAAGUGAUUUUGUCAAUUCAUUCCAAAUAGAACAGCACCAGCAGGAUAAUUUAAACAUGAAUAAAUAUGGUUGUUUGGAUUGUGGAAAGAGUUUUAAAAGCCCUUCUAGUUUAAAAGUACACAAGAGAAUUCACUCUGGGGAAAAACCAUACAUCUGUACCGAAUGUGGAAAGAGUUUUACUCAGGCACCAAACUUAAAGAUACAUAUGAGAAUUCAUUCUGGUGAGAAGCCGUAUAGUUGCACAUUGUGUGAGAAAAGUUUUGCACAAGGAAGCGGAUUAACAGUACAUAUGAGAACUCAUUCAGAAGACAAACCAAGCAAGUGUGACCAUUGUGGGAAACAUUUUAAGUGUAUGUCUUACUUAAAAAGACACCUUAAAGUUCAUUCUCACGAAAAAUCACCAUGCAGAUUGUUAAUGACUGGUGACAAUCAAUCUGAUUUGAAUUGUGCCAACCCAGCAUAUACAACCAUCAUACAGAAAACUGAUAUUGAUGAAGUCUCUCCGAAUGCAAGGCAAAUCUAAGCAUAUUGAUCCAGAUUAUGUUUAGGUGGCAGAAGACCCCAAUACACAGUGUGUCCAUAGUGAGAAAUUUACUGAAGCCAAAUAUGAAUCAAGAGGACGUAGAAAAUUCAGGUGCAAUGCAGGAUCUCCAUAUUGUCAAGGUGGGAUUAGAAGAAUGUCUGGAAUCUGAGCAAAUUUAAACUGAAACAAUUGAUUCAUGCUAAAAUCAGGUGAGACAUGAUCACAGUAAUCAAGAAAGUUAUUGUGUCAAUUCAUUCCAAAUAGAGCAGCACCAGCAGGAUAAUUCAAAUAUGAAUAAGCAUGGUUGUUUGGAUUGUGGAAAGAGUUUUAAAAGCCCAUCUAUCUUAAAUGUCCACUACAGAACAUAUUCAGGUGAAAACAUGCACAGUUAUAAUGAAUGUGGGAAGACUUUUGCAAAUCAGACUCAUUUGGCUAAACACGAAGAAACUCAUUUAAUGGAAAAAACAUACAUUUGUCACCAGUGUGGAAAAGGAUUCAUAACCAGAUCCUACUUAAAGAAACACCAGAGGGUUCACUCAGGUGAAAAGCCCCACAUUUGUUCUGAGUGCGGACAGAGGUUUACUGUAGCUUAUUCCUUAAAAGUUCACAUGAGAUUUCAUUCAGGCAAAAAACCAUAUCAGUGUGCUGAGUGUGACAUGAGGUUUUACACCUGAGCAACUUUUAAAAAACACCUUUUAAAGCAUUCUGAAGAAAGGCCAAGUAUCUGUGGCAAAUGUGGGAAGAGUUUAUAGGAUGCUGCAUCCUUAGGACGACACUGUCACUCUGAGAGACCUUACACUUGUACUGAAUGUGGUAGCGCAGUCGGCUAAGCCUGUGUUCCUGUAAGCAGCAGGUCACAGGUUCAAACCCAGCCACAGCAUGUCUGUGGGUCCUUGAGCAAGGCCUGUAACCCCCAGCUCCCUGGGCGCCAUUGCGGGUGGCAGCCCUUUGCCGACAGCUUACUCUACAUGGAGGAAGCUGAGGGAGGCGUAAAGACAAUUUCCCCACAGAGGGAUCGAUAAAGUAUCAAUUAAUUAAAAAAAGAGUUUUACGCGUGCAAUUCACCUAACAGUGCGCAAAAGGAUUCAUUCUGGUGUGAAACCGUUCACUUGUACAGUAUGUGGAAAGAGUUUUUCUGACAUUAGUAACUUUAAAAAACAUGUAAAAAUAUGUUUUACCGAUGUGUCAUAUUUUAGAAGACAUCUUAAAGUGACCUCGGGGGAAAGACAUCAUUGUUGCACUGUGUGCAGAAAGAAAUUUUCCAAUAUUAGUAACUUAAAAAAAUAUGAGAGAAUCCAUUCAAUUGACAAAGGUAGUAAAAACAGGGAUUUGCUGAACUUUUGAAGAAAAGUAAAUGAACACACUGUUGUGUAAAUGGAGAACUUAAAUUUCACACAUUUGCAAUUUGUGUACUUUAUUCAGAAUUUUUUUCUGUGUGAGUGAAGUCCACUAGCAUUUUGUAAACAGCGAUCACCUCUUCCACAAAUGAAGGUGGAAUUAAAAUAAAAUUUUCAGAAAGAAUAAUCAUGAACUUGUAACUGUUUAAUUUGUUAAUCUAUCAAUAAAUACUUAUUUGACCUAU